AUGUCGUCUUUUAAAAUCAACCGAGCCAUUUGCACCCCAGACUUGUAUGCCAAAGUUCGCAGCUUCUGGUUCCAAGACGUCCCUGAAAGCGCUACUACAGCACCGCCAGCAGUAAUUCAGAAAUGGUUUGGGCAUCAUGGCACACAGGAAGAAAAGGACAGUUAUGACCAGCUGUGCCACUCAAACUUCCAUGCUGCACUAGAAUCGUUCGGACCGUCAAAAUACCAACUUCCACCUCCUGGAUCAUGGGAGAAUGAACAGGCAAAGGCGGAGGAGAUCGCAGAGCCAUUCUUGGCCGAUUGCACAGCAACUUCCGACGAUGACAAGGACUAUGGACCAAACUUCUUAAGCAUCAUCCUUCUUCUUGAUCAGCUCUCAAGAAAUAUAUUCCGAAAAGAUCAAGCCCAAAUAUACAAUCACUACGACCGCAUCGCGCGAGCUCUUCUCUACUCCGUGCUCAAGCGCUCACCUCGCGCCGAUCAGCAUUCCUCGUUCCGGUUCUCUCCCGCUCACAGAUUCUGGCUGUAUAUGCCACUGAUGCAUUCAGAGCAUAUUGAAGACCAGGACAAGUAUCAAGAGGUCAUGGUGGCGUUCAGAGAGGAGAUGGUGGGACGGGGGGACCAGCCGGCAUUGGACUUUGUGGAGAUGGCCAUCAAGGGUGCGAAGACGCAUGCUUUUGAUAUUAGGGAGUUUGGGAGGUUUCCGCAUCGGAAUGAGCACUUGGGGAGAGUUACGACGAAGGGGGAACAGGCGUUUAUGGAUGCUGGUGGGAAUAAGUUUGCGCCGAAGAAGGAGCCGAGUAAAGGCUGA